CAAUAAUAAUGAGUUAAAAUGAUUGCCCAAACCCCAAAUGUCUUGAAGGAAAAGAAAGCUUCCUCCCUCUGAAUCCUGAUAGUAUUUGCAAAUCGGAAUCCGCAUUUCUGCAAAUUUGCAAAAGCCAAUUCAAUAUGUUCAGGAACCAGUACGAUACCGACGUCACCACUUGGUCGCCGGCGGGGCGGCUUUUCCAGAUCGAGUACGCCAUGGAGGCGGUGAAGCAGGGUUCUGCGGCGAUAGGCCUCAGAUCGAAGACGCACGUGGUGCUCGCCAGUGUCAACAAGGCCAGCUCCGAGCUCUCGUCUCACCAGAAGAAAAUCUUCAAGGUUGACGACCACAUCGGCGUCGCCAUCGCCGGACUCACCGCCGACGGCAGGGUCCUCUCGCGUUAUAUGCGCAACGAGUGUAUUAAUUACUCCUACACAUACGAGUCACCUCUCCCCGUCGGUCGCCUCGUUGUUCAGCUCGCUGACAAGGCUCAGGUAUGCACCCAGCGCUCAUGGAAGCGACCAUAUGGCGUUGGCCUGCUGGUCGGUGGUCUAGAUGAAUCUGGUGCUCAUCUAUACUACAACUGUCCAAGUGGAAAUUACUUUGAGUAUCAAGCAUUUGCGAUUGGAUCUCGGUCACAGGCUGCCAAGACAUACCUAGAACGUAAGUUUGAGAGCUUUAUGGACUCAUCACGAGAAAAUCUGAUCAAGGAUGCUCUUUUUGCAUUGAGGGAGACCCUGCAAGGCGAAAAAAUGACUAGCUCAAUCUGCACAAUCUCCAUACUGGGUGCUGGGGAGGCGUUUCACGUAUUGGAUCAAGAAACUGUGCAAAGACUGAUCAAUGAAUUCGAGGUAGUUGGUGAAGAACCCCCUGCUGAUGAGGCUGCUGCACCAGAUGCUGAAGCUGCUCCUGAAGGAGCAGCCCCUGACCAAGGUGCGGCUGCGAUGGAUAUCUGAUUAAAGCCAAAAUCUACUCUGUUUGCCUCUCUCUCUGUAGGAAAUGAGUGUCGUGUCGUGUCGUGUUGCUGAAUGCAACUCCGGCCUUGAGUAGAAAUUGCUGGCUGGACUGCAUACUCGUAUUUUCUUCGCUAGCAAUCACUGUGAUUUGUGCCACUAUAUAAGUUUAUCCCUACCCUUGCUUUCGUAUUUGUAUUUCUGAUGAGUUGAUGUUGGGAUGGCAUUACGUUUUCUAAUCUUUGGCUUAAUUUGAGCAAAAUAUACUAUUGGUAUGGCAUCAA